CAGAUAUUUGUUUAUUUAAUUGCAUAUAAAACCACGUGACCACGUGACGGUAUAUAGCAAAGAGUAAAAAGUAUGGCAUAUAGGUAUAUAUAUAUAUAAUGGUGUUUACAUUCGCGACUGAGCCGAGCUACAAGACGAAACGCGUAUAUAAACGGUGGACUCGGGACUCGGCUCGCCAGGCUCGCGUCCGGAGCGGUUUUUUGGGCACGAGUCAAAGGGGCUCGCGGAAGAUAUGUGCUUGUUUACAUUCGCGUUCGGCUUUCAUUCGCUUACAAACCUUUUACCGUACCGGUUGUGUUUAACAUCAAUUAGCUCGUCAAGCUUACGGGCUGUGGCCGAGACACGAGACGAGCCGCGAGCCGAGCCACGAGCCGCGAGUGUGAAUUCCCGGCCCCCGAAGUAAUAGGUUGAUUACGUUACGUGACCUCUGCACGUGAUUAUACCGGUGAUAUAAGAAUCGGUAGAGCUCAACACUAGUCAGUUACACUGUUUCACCUACACAGGGAAUCGCUUGAGUGAAUAAAUCUUUCGUAUGAAAACAACUUCUUUGGUGUUGACCUAAAUAGCUUUAAUUUAUAACCUCUUUUUAUUGAAGUACGUGUUAUUACAGUACACGUAAAAAUGAAAGGUACAAAAGAGAAAGGCUAACUGCAAUUAUUUUGUUAUACUGCACUCACUGUUAUAGCCUUGACGUUAUUUUUUGAAUGAAAGUGUAAUCUCUGUGUUCUGCUUUUAAUUAUGGCCGAUUCACAAGAAUUACUACUGCAGCAAAUUAAAGAACAAGGUGAACUAGUAAGAAAAUUGAAGGCUGCAAAGGAAUCCAGCGAAAAGGCCUGCGUGUUCAACAAAGGCAGUCCACGAAACCAGUAUGAUUUAGCUGAAAUCGACACCCAUUUUUCACAAUAUAGCUACAUUUGCGGCUAUACGCCUAGCAAUUGCGAUGUGAUCCUUGCUAAAGACUUAGACAAAAUAGAUUUUCGUAAAUACAUAUAUAUCUGGAGGUGGUGGAACCAUAUGCGGAGUUUCAGCAGUGCUGAAGUAUCACAAUUCCCUAUUGUUCAACCUCCUGAUGUUAUGAGCUCAAAACCAAAUGGCAUUACUUUAUCUAUUGAAGUACAGAUUAAGGAAGAAGUAGCUAAGCUUUUAGCCCUCAAAGCCCAGCUCGCUCCAGAAGAUGUUGCUCCACAGAAGUUCACCCUCAAAACGCCAAAGGGAACACGGGAUUAUACUCCGCAGCAAAUGACCAUAAGAAAUGAUGUAUUGCAGAAGAUUAUAACGGUUUUCAAGAGGCAUGGAGCUGAAUGUAUAGACACACCUGUGUUUGAAUUGAAGGAAGUAUUAACAGGCAAAUAUGGUGAGGACUCCAAGCUAAUCUAUGACCUAAAAGACCAAGGGGGCGAGAUCCUUUCCCUGCGGUACGACCUGACAGUUCCGCUGGCGCGCUAUCUGGCUAUGAAUAAGAUCAACACGUUGAAACGCUACCACAUAGCAAAGGUCUACAGAAGAGACAAUCCCGCCAUGACUAAGGGAAGAUACAGGGAAUUCUAUCAAUGUGAUUUCGACAUCGCCGGGCAGUACGACCCGAUGGUGCCGGACGCGGAGUGCCUGCGCGUGGUGGCCGAGGCGCUGGACGCGCUGGACGUGGGCCGCUACGUGCUGAAGGUGAACCACCGCCGGCUGCUCGACGGCAUGUUCGAGGCCUGCGGGGUCCCCGCUGACAACUUCCGCGCCACUUGCUCCACUGUCGACAAACUGGAUAAGCUGUCAUGGGAGGAAGUGCGAACGGAAAUGAUAAACGAGAAAGGCGUAACCCCAGAAGCGGCGGACAAAAUCGGCGAAUACGUCAGAUUGAACGGCGGCACCGAGCUCGCCGAGGAGCUACUCCGAGACGAGAAGCUGUCGAAAACUAAAGCGGCCGUCGAGGGCCUUGAAGGCAUCAAGCUCUUGCUGCACUAUUGUGAACUCUUCGGCAUUAAGGAUAAGAUCCUUUUCGACUUGAGUUUGGCGAGAGGGCUCGAUUACUACACUGGAGUUAUCUAUGAAGCUGUUUUAACUCAACCAAUCAAAGACGGCAACGAGGACCAAGCCGUUGGAUCGAUCGCUGGUGGUGGACGAUACGAUAACCUCGUGGGAAUGUUUGAUUCCAAAAGUAAACAGGUGCCGUGCGUGGGCGUGAGCAUCGGCGUGGAGCGCGUGUUCUCGGUGCUGGAGGCGCGGCGCGGGCGGGUGCGCGGCGCCGACGUGGACGUGUUCGUGGCCUCCGCGCAGAAGAACUUCCUCGACGAGCGCAUGAAGAUCUGCGCCGAGCUCUGGAGCGCCGGCAUCAAGGCGGAGCAAUCAUAUAAAAAGAACCCAAAAAUGCUGACCCAGCUGCAGUACUGCGAAGACGCUGGCAUCCCCCUGGCCGUGGUCCUGGGCGAGGACGAGGUCCGGCGCGGGGUCGUGAAGCUGCGCCACGUGGCCGCGCGCCGGGACUGCGAGGUGCCAAGAGACCAGCUGGUGGACGAGCUCACAGCGAGGAUAGCCGCGCUCAACACUGCCGUCAAUGGAAAUAAAUAAUCUUGUUUCA